UAUCAAAGGUUUACAGGGAUUCAAAACCCCUUUUAGUCUGUUCAUCUUUGCACAAAUUGAGCGAACUCACAUUUCUUCAUUUACUGAAUUUGUCUCUUCACCCAGACAUGUAAAAUAUUUUUCGUGAUAAUAUUAUAAUUGUUCAAGGAUUGAAUGAUCUAUGUAUUUACUCUCUGCGUCACCUUAAUAUUGGAGAUUUAACAAAGAGUUUCUGUUCCUGGCCAAUUGUCUGUCGACUGUUAUCCAUUAAUGUAAUGACUAACAAUGAUAUAUUAAAAUACUUCAGGUUCUAAAGCUUCAACGUUGUUACAACCAAUCUCCAGGAGAGAAACACAGCAAAUAAAUAGAUAGAUAGAUAGAUAGAUAGAUAGAUAGAUAGAUAGAUAGAUAGAUAGAUAGAUACAUGUAUUUUAUUCAUCCCAAAUUGGGAAAUUCAGAAUUUUAUAAUUUUCACUUUUUUUGCAUUUUACCCCGACAUAUUCAUUUCUUAUUUUCACACAGAACAAUUACCUUGCUUCGCUGCAUAUGCCCCGUAGUGUGGUCACAUAUCGCACAUCACUUGUACUCUAGACAUCCAGUAUAGCUUUUUGUAUUGCACCUUUACAUCCCUUACUGUUUCACACUUACUGUACUCCAUUAUUGAUUUCUGCUAUCAGCAUUCUUUACUCUAUAUUUGUUUACUCUAUAUGUAUCUAUGUGCAGUAUUUGUCAACAAUUAUAUUUUCCAUGCGUUUAUUCUGAUGUAUUAGUAUUGUUAUUAUUUAUAUGAAUAAUAAUAAUAUUAAUAUUGUUAUCAUUAUUAAAGGUACACAGGAGGACAAGUAUAUAUUCGUUAAUACUGUUUAAAACAUUAAAGUGCAUUUUAACCAGUUGUUCUAUGUUUGUGUAUAAAUACUGAAUGUAGGAUGAAAUAAAGUGUUUGCAUUCAUUAUUAUUAUCAUUAUAAAACAAAAGCCCAUAGCAUUUUUCAAAAGCAGAGCAGCGAGAAAAAAUACUACAAGACAAAAGCAAUAGUUAAAUAAAACGAAAAAAAAGAGUCAUUGGCAUGAAAUAUAAAAAGCGCACAAAUAAAAAAAAGAACUUACAAUAACAGACGAGCAUUGAAAGGGCUACUAUAGGCCGCUGCCCCUUCAGACAGAGACAGAGAGAGAGAGAGAGAGUGUGUGUGUGUGUGUGUGUGUGUGUCUGUGUGUGUGUGCGCGAUAAAAGUCCUAUUUUAUUAUUUUUUAUUUAUUCUGUAUUCAAUAAUAAAUAUUUGUUCUAAAAUUUUUACAUUUGAUAAAUUAUCACAACUGAGAGCGCGAAGGUUUUUUCUUUCUCUUCUUCUUUUAUGGAUUUUGUUGGUUAUUUAAAGUCUCUUGAGUGUAAUCAUUUUCUGCCAUUCAUGCCAUUAAAAUAAUCCGUAAUAAUAACAAUAACAAUAAUAAUAAAAUAGUAAUUUUAUUAUUAGUCAAUAAUAAUAUUAGUUAAUAAUUAGUAUUUUAAUAAUGAUGUCGCUCAGCUGUCACGUGCAUUGCUCCUCAUCUUUUCUCCAGACUCUUGAAAGGGAAAUUCGUUUCAUUCAGCUCAAAAAACACUUCUUUCAUCGCCGAUGGAUGAAGGUGCUGUCGGUUUUUACACUCUCAGCCUCACUCAUUUGUCCUUAGGAAUUCGCGUUUCUGCCUGCUGAGAUUUUCAGUUUCUUCUCUGUGCAUAAAUGAGCCGUAUCCAAACAAAAUGAAAAGAAGAGAAAAACAAGGCGCAUAUCUUCUUCCCCUCUCAUGUCGGUUAAUAAUCAAAUAUUUCAUCUGUCUAACUACAUGAGUCUUUACUGUCACUGGUGGGUUUGUCAUCUCAAAGUUUCCCCUCAGCCCACCCAAGCUGAGAUCGAUGACUUAAAAUCCAUUUCCUGCUCAGUGUCUCUCCUCGUUUUCUGUCUUAAGUUCAGCCACACGACAGCUCUGUGUCUUCUCUGAACCGUGCGUAAAGGCGGGUUCGGGAACCAAAGGCGCGUCUAAAUCUGAUCUAAAACUCUGACAGCUCCUGACCCCGCGGCCGCUGCGUGGUUGGCGUAUUGCGAUUCAAAUAAAAAAAAAAAAAAAAAAUGAUGUCACGCGAAGCCACAAGGAGACCUGGGAUUUACCAAAUACCUUCCAGUUGAGCAGGAGUCCUGCCAAGUAAAGGACAACCUCCUCCUCUUCUCCUCCUCCUCCUCCUCCUCCUCCAGCGGCGACAAGUGUAGAGAAUCGACUGAGGAGAAUUGAACAAAUUAUCUACUUUUCCUCUCCCCUUCCUGGACAUAACGAUCGGCAAGGUCCCGGCUCUCUGCACGCAGCUAUUGAGCGAGCUGCGGCCGCCCUGAUUGUCAUCAAUAAGCUGGGGGAACGGGACCGGUGAUUCGGAGGGGGUUCGCCGGCAGAUGAUGCCCUUUCCAGCGGGCCGGUGAGGAGCAGCCCCAACCCCCGGCUUCCCUGCUUCUUGUUGUUGUUGUUGUUGUCGCGGCGCAGUUGAUGGACGGUCCUCUCCGCCGCCCAGCGGGGAUCCUAGGCUCCCCCCCGGCUUCUGGGAGCCAGUCCACGGGCUCCGACAUGCUCACCUCCGGCGGCAGCAGCAGCAAGCCUCUCGCGUUCUCCAUCGACCGGAUUAUGGCCAGGACGCCCGAGCCCAAGUCGAUACCGCUCCCCAGCUGGUUCCAGUCCGCUCCCGUGGGGAAACCCGACGUCUGCCCGUCCUCGCUGCAUUGUAUGAUACCGCUGGUGCCGCUCGGGUACGAGCCGGGCCACAGGCUCAGCAUCGCCGGGCUGGAUCCGGGCCACUUCGACGCGUCUUCUGUCGCCGCUCCCGCAGACUUUUUGGGCUUUGGGUUGAACUAUAAGAACCAGCAGGAGGACUCCGCUGUGAGUCAAAGCACCGGCCAGUACAAACUCUUCAGACCCCGGGUGGUGAACCAGUCCUCCUUCCCCACAAUGGGCACCGUGUGCUACCUGAACUGCAGCGGGGACAGCGGCGCAUGUCCCCCGCCCAACAGCCUGGUCAACCUUCACCCAAUGGCCUCGUACCUGCUCACCGCCCGGCACAAAGCCUUCAUGGCGGAGAAGAGCAAGCCUGGCCCGCAGCAGGCCGGGGAGCGGUACCCGGUGUCUGGCGUGCAGGCCUUCAAAGAGCUGUCCCAGAGCCAGAUCCAACACUACAUGAAGGAGCGGGACCAGAUUCUCACAGACAAGAUAUUCAAAGACUCCGCGGCCGCGGCGGCCCGGCUAAGCGGAUCCUGUCCCGGCAGCAAACCCAAAGUUUUCACCUGUGAGGUCUGCGGCAAGGUGUUUAACGCGCACUACAACCUGACCCGCCACAUGCCCGUGCACACGGGCGCACGGCCGUUCGUGUGCAAAGUUUGUGGGAAAGGCUUCAGACAGGCGAGCACACUGUGCCGACACAAAAUCAUCCACACUCAGGAAAAACCGCACAAGUGUAACCAGUGCGGGAAAGCCUUCAACCGGAGUUCCACCCUCAACACGCACACGCGCAUCCACGCGGGAUACAAACCCUUCGUGUGUGAGUUUUGCGGGAAAGGGUUUCAUCAGAAAGGAAACUACAAGAACCACAAGCUGACCCACAGCGGUGAGAAGCAGUUCAAGUGUUCCAUCUGCAGCAAGGCGUUCCACCAGGUUUACAACCUCACCUUCCACAUGCACACGCACAACGACAAGAAGCCCUUCACCUGCCCAACCUGCGGAAAGGGCUUCUGCAGGAACUUUGACCUGAAGAAACACAUUAGGAAGUUGCAUGACCCGGCCAGCCCGCAGUCCCCCCCCCAGGUCUGAGAGACACUGACCUUUGACUUUUCAACAGUGACUCUUCUGCACCCUUCAUCCCAACACACCAAAAAAAGAAGGAAAAAAAGAAUUUAAGUUCUGAAAGCGACAAAAGGAUUUUUCACAAGUUAGUUACUCAUGACAUCAUAUUUAUACUUUGUGUGCUUUGCUCCGUCAAGUCAGUGAUUUGUUCCCUGCAGCGACUCAGCUUGUUUCUUUGAAUCAAUAAUUGGUGACCUAAAAUCACUCAGCCGUGUUCUCCAUUGACUUCAUUUAGCCACUCACUUCUCUCCAGUGCAGCCAUGAAAUUCUUCACAUUACAAAUAAUUAAUCAGAAAAAUACUAAUUUGCUCAAUGUUGUGCAUUUGUUCCACCAAAUGAGUAAUUUGUCCCAGUGAUUGCUUGGCUCACUAAAUAGUCCUCUCCAACGCCUUCUCUCUCCUCUCCUGUGCUGCUGUGAAAUUUUUUAAAACAAGAUAUCCUUAAAUUUGACUCCAAAUAUUACAAAUAAUUUCCUCAAUGUUACCAAUUGAGUUUCUUUUGUUCCCUGUAAUAAUUUUCAAACAAGUUAUUACCAUUAAAUGUACCCUUAAAUAUUAGUAGUAGUAAGUUGCCUUGAAUCACUACAUUGUGCUGUCAGAUGACUUAAUUUGGCCCAUUGCUACUAUUACUAACUAUAGAUCAAAAUAUACCAAAAAAAUACAUGUGGCAGAUUUUGAAGACAAAUUUAAAAUAUAUUAAAUUCAAAUGUCUGACUUAAAUGACCUUGAACAGUUGAGUGAUUUGAGGUUGGUUGGUAGGUUGCUGAAUUACAAGAGCUUCUCUUAAAACGUACAAGUGAACAAAUUAUCAUUUAUUUAUUAUAAUAAUGUAUCCCCUGAAACAAAUCUCUGUUGUGACCAUUGCUUAAAAGUUGCUUUAAAGGAGCCACAAUUUCCCAUAAUGCAAUGGAUUUAAGACUUUUGAUUAGAGCUCCCUGCCUGGUAAAUGCCCACAUCGUUCAAACUCCACACUUCCAGUUAGUCACAAUGACUUUAUAAGCUAUGUUUGUAGUCUCUGAGCCUAAGCCGCACGACUGUUUUCACAGGCAGAGGAGUAACAACAGCUACUCUUAUUGUUUUUAUUAUUUUAUAUAAAAAAUAUUUAUUUUUAUUAUUGCUUUAUGAAAUAAGUGAAAUUCACCAUUUUAAAAUAGAUGAACAUUUUUCAUACAGGGUCACUGGCUUAUCACAGACAAAAGUGGAUUCUCAUGAUAGGAAGAAUAAUAAAUAGACUCAUAAAAUCCACUUGGCUAUGCUCUUAGUCAAAAAUUACAAAUUUGAAAUUCAAUUUGAUCCCUAUUUUUUCAAAGUUAUAUCUUUUAAAUCAGUGUAUAUUUUGGUUAGUUUUUUCACUUAAAUGUAAGAAGCCCACCUGAUAACAAACAUUUUAUCCUGAUGCUCCGCCCAAACAUGACCCAGAGGAAACACAUGAGGAAACCCACCUCCUCCACUCUCAGGCCUGUGGACGCCAGACAUGGCCCCUUCACUUGAACUUGAUCCUGCAAAAAAAAAAAAAAGAGAGAGAAAAGGCCACCAGGACACUUCUUAAACUCUCGAGAUCCUGCAACAUAAUUGAACUUCUCUCACUGAUCCCUGACCUCUGACCCCUCUGGCCUGGAUGACCUGGAUGCUCACCAUAAAAAACCUCCUGACUGGCUGCAAUGAUUCCGUCUCUCUCAGCUCUUGUUGGACUGAGGACACUUGACAGAGGAUGAACUGAAUUUUCACUCUAACGUUCUUUGAUUCUUAGUCAAUUAAAACGGUGGCUAAAUCAUAUCAUAUCAUUAGUCAUCAGAUGUUGCUAGUUCUGAUUCGUUUUCUGUUGCAUCUCAGGAUGUGAGACUGAUGAACUCUGAGACCAGAGAUGAAGCAGAAGAGGUAACAGGACACGCGUCAAUUCAUGUUUGAUCUGACUAUUGACACUAUUUUAAACUAAUUUAACUAUUAAAAACACAUCAGUGAGUCACACUGUUGCACUGGAUGACAUGCUCCAUCGUCACCAUGAACACACACACACACACACACACACACACACACACACACACACACACACACACACACACACACACACACUAACACUGUAUUUGUUUUGCCUCGAUCCUGCACACACCCUCCUGCUGCUAGAGAAACUCACCAGAGGCAUAAAUAUGGAUUCAUCCACCAGUGAAAAUAGUCCCUAACUGUUUACUCCUGUUUGAUCAAAACAACAGUGAGCGGCUGUUAUGGGAAAUUAGUCAGCCUUUAGAAAUAAAAUAAAAUCUGAAAGUUCUGGGAGACAAUCAAACAUAUUGUUGCUUCAGCUUUUUGGAUUUUUUCGGCAAUACGAAAAUUAUAGAAUAUCAACAGGCUUGUAGUUGCGCACUGCAUUCAUAAGAGCAGGUAAAAAAAUCUACCUGGUAUUCUCUAGAAGUAUGACAUACUUUAAGAACAGGGUCAAGAUUUACCCGCUUUCUAUUACAGAGCUUUCAAUUCUAUUUCAUUGUCUGUUCAGUCGACAUCAUGUGACCUAAAUAUAAAACAUUGGUCACGGGACAGCAGGUUGGCUCUGUACUGACUGAAGAGUCAUACUGGGCCAACAGUGUAGGAACUGAUGAUGAGUAACUCUGUAAAAGUGCUCUGCUGAAGUACAAAUUGAAGAUACUUACCAUAAUAAUCACUGAAUCAUUAUUACAGUAGGUCAUUUACAAUAUAAAUUAUGAUUUGUCCUCUAUGACUAGAACAGUUGGCAGAAAAUAGACAGACAGAAUCUUCUGACAGGGUCAUGUCAUUCCAUCAGAGAACAGUAAGACUGCAAUCAUUUAUCAAUACGUCUGACCAUCAUUGUCUUUUAAUAAUUCAUUUUCAGUGUAUAAAUUAGAGACAUACAACAUAUCAACAUAUUCCACUUCCUCGCUUUGCCUGAACAACAUCACAUAUAUUCACAUUUGAGAGGCUGAAAAAAGAAGAAGAAGAAGUAAAGUACUCCAAAGAUAAUUGAUCCCAAAUUGUUACCAAGUCAUUAACCUAAUAACAGCUCCAGAAUCCUGUUUUUUCUCUCAGUGUCUGGGGAAAUGAAUGAAAAUGUAUAUAUUGUGGGGUCAUCAGGGGCCCAACAACAAAUGUUUUGGCCUGGGGCCCCUAGAUGUGAACAUGACACAAAACCAAAACAGUUUGCCCAACACAAAUGGACUUCACCUCUGCACCUCUGGUCCUGAAGGCGGAGGACAACGAGCUGGAGAUUCAGGAGUCAGUCAGUCUCCUGUUAAUUUCUAUUUAUACUGUAUCUCAGGAUUAUUGUAAGAGGAAGUGUUUUAUGAUAUUUAUUUUAAUUGUACCACAGUUAUAACUAAAAAGAGAAGCGCUGAACUGAAGUCGAUACAUGAAACAAAAGUUUCUCAUGGUGAAUUUUUUUUUUCGAGGGGAGGGGGGCUACUGUGUGUGAUCAUGUCAAAGUAUAAACAUUAAACAUGACUAACUUUUUUUCGGCA